AUGUUCAUCACAAGGAAUCAAGCUAUUGGCCUUCUGUUGAUUUUCUUGGGCAUCUCUGGCUUGUGCAACGACUGCGUUUCCGGAGCUAGAUGUUUAAACGAGAAGGUGGAGAAUCUGGGGAAGCCUCAAGUUUUCAACUCCAAACCCCACCACAAGUGGGUUGGACCCAGCGGCCACCGCCUGAUCAUGGUCGACGUGAACGGCUUCGGGGACUUCCAGUCUGUCCAGUCCACCGUCAAUGCAGUCCUGGUGAACAACACGAUCAAUGUUGUCAUCCUAAUCAAGCCUGGAUGUUACAUAGAGAAAAUGGGAGUGCCGAUGAUGAAGCCGUACAUCAUGUUUCAAGGAGCCAGGAAAGAUGCGACGGUGAUUGAAUGGCAUGACCGUGCCAAUGACCCUGGACCAACGGCCAGUAACUCAGAACUUACCAGAACGUCUUCCACGACGUCGCUGCCCGGCUAA